UUCGCAAGUGGCGGUGCGCUUCCAAACCCCCUCAUCCGCCCCUCGCCCGGCUCUCCCCACUCCCUCCUUUUCCGCGCCCAGGCGAGAGCAGCCGAUUGGCAGAGCGGGGCUUUCAGGAACAAUAACAGUGGGGGGAGCCGGGGCCCCGGGGAGCCUCCCCGCCCCGGCCCGGCAGCGGCUCACGCCCCCCGCGGGGUCCCCACCUCCGCGCCGCCCCGCGGGCUGACCGGCGCCCGGGCCCGCCCCCGGCGCCCACCAUGUACGCCUUUGUGCGGUUCCUGGAGGACAACGUCUGCUACGCGCUGCCCGUGUCGUGCGUGCGCGACUUCAGCCCCCGCUCGCGACUGGAUUUUGACAACCAGAAGGUGUACGCAGUGUACCGGGGCCCGGAGGAGCUGGGCGCGGAGCCCGAGAGUCCCCCGCGUGCCCCCCGGGACUGGGGCACGCUGUUGCUCCACAAGGCCCAGAUCCUGGCUCUGGCAGAAGACAAAUCUGACCUUGAGAACAGUGUGAUGCAGAAGAAAAUAAAAAUCCCCAAACUUUCUCUCAGUCACCUGGAAGACGAUGGGGAGGUUAAAGACUACGGGGAAGAAGACUUACAGCUUAGACACAUCAAGAGACCGGAGGGGCGGAAGCCUAGUGAAGCGGCCCACAAGAGUAUCGAGGCAGUGGUGGCCCGGCUAGAGAAACAGAACGGCCUGAGCCUGGGUCACAACACUUGUCCGGAAGAGGUCUUUGUGGAGGCCUCACCGGGCACAGAGGACAUGGACAGCCUGGAGGAUGCCGUUGUGCCCCGGGCUCUGUAUGAGGAGCUGCUGCGAAACUACCAGCAGCAGCAGGAGGAGAUGCGCCACCUCCAGCAGGAGCUGGAGCGGACUCGGAGGCAGCUCGUGCAGCAGGCCAAGAAGCUCAAGGAGUACGGGGCCCUGGUGUCUGAAAUGAAGGAACUCCGAGACCUCAACAGGAGACUCCAAGAUGUGUUACUCCUGCGGCUUGGCAGCGGUCCCGCCAUUGACUUGGAAAAAGUAAAGUCAGAAUGUCUCGAGCCCGAGCCGGAGUUACGGAGCGCUUUCAGUGAGGAAGCAAAUACGUCGUCCUAUUACCCCGCUCCUGCGCCUGUCAUGGACAAGUAUAUCCUAGACAAUGGCAAGGUUCAUCUGGGAAGUGGGAUUUGGGUUGACGAGGAGAAAUGGCACCAGCUACAAGUCACCCAAGGAGAUUCUAAGUACACGAAGAACUUGGCAGUCAUGAUCUGGGGAACAGAUGUUCUGAAAAACAGAAGUGUCACAGGAGUCGCCACAAAAAAAAAGAAGGAUGCCAUCCCGAAGCCGCCCCUCUCUCCUCACAAGCUAAGCAUCGUCAGAGAAAAUCUCCGAGACGGGGCAGAAAAGAAGGUGGUAUUCAUCACAGGACGAGUCCACCCAGGGGAAACGCCAUCUUCAUUUGUGUGCCAAGGGAUCAUUGACUUCCUUGUAAGUCAGCAUCCUAUUGCCCGUGUCCUACGAGAACACUUGGUCUUCAAGAUUGCACCAAUGCUCAACCCUGAUGGAGUCUACCUGGGCAAUUACAGAUGCUCCCUGAUGGGCUUUGAUCUGAAUCGUCACUGGCUGGAUCCCUCUCCAUGGGUGCAUCCCACCCUGCAUGGAGUGAAGCAACUCAUCAUCAAGAUGUACAACGACCCAAAAACAAGCCUGGAGUUCUAUAUCGACAUCCAUGCCCACUCCACCAUGAUGAAUGGCUUCAUGUAUGGCAACAUCUUUGAGGACGAGGAACGUUUCCAAAGGCAGUCCAUUUUCCCAAAGCUCCUGUGCCAGAAUGCAGAGGACUUCUCCUAUACCAGCACAUCCUUCAACCGGGAUGCUGUGAAAGCAGGAACUGGCCGUCGCUUCCUCGGUGGGCUCCUGGAUCACACGUCAUACUGCUACACCCUAGAGGUUUCUUUCUACAGCUACAUCAUUGGGGGUACUACAGCCGCUGUGCCCUACACUGAAGAAGCCUAUAUGAAACUGGGAAGAAAUGUGGCGAGAACAUUUCUAGAUUAUUACCGGCUGAAUCCCUUGGUUGACAGGAUGACAGUCCCCAUACCAAGGCUUCGGAAAGAAAACCCCCCUCCUUACAAGCACCUGUCCCUGCGGGGCUCAGCCAGCAAUGUCCCCAGCAGCAAGGGGGACAAGAAGAGCUCACUGAACCACAAAGACCCUUCAACCCCCUUUUAAAGACAUGGCACCUGGAAGCACUGUGGGGGCAGGAAAAUGAAUUUCCUGUGGGGACACGAAAUUCAGUGCCACUCCCUGGUUUCCAAGACAGGAGUUUUCAGCACAUUGCACAUGCUAGUGAAAGGGAGCGGGGAAAGAGAGGAAUUUUAUCUUUGAUUUUUCCAUUUUCCCAAUGGGAAAUCAAUUGUGAGCCCUCAACUCAAGGCUGAGUGGAGUAGGAGAGUGGAGUGAACACAGACUUUAUCUUCCACAGCACAGAGGCAAACCCACACACUCCUCUCAAGAGGUCCCACGGGUCUCAGGUUGGUUCCCCAUUAGCCCCUCUUCACCUUUUAAAGUUGUAUAGUCACUGCGCAGGUGACUUCACUUAAAACAGGCUGCCAUUGUUUCUAGGUUAGGAAUGCAGUCUCCAUAUUUUCUGAGCCAAAGCAAGAGCUACACACAUGCACGUCAAAGGCAAACAGGCUGUUGUGAACAAUGGGGCAGAGUGUUUAAACCCAGAGUGGUCUCAGAAGCAUGGUCACCAUAUCUAUAAGCCUCAUGCUCGCUCAUUCCCUCAAGCCCCAGCAUGCAACUUCAGAAAGCUGUUCUGAAAGCUAUUUCUCAACUUCCCAGGUAGUUUAAUCGAAACUCUAGCUCCCCAGACAAAAAGCCUUGUUCACUCCUUCCGGAGAACUACUGUGGCUAAGGUCUGCAGUCCCUGCUGACAAGGAUCAGGUGAGGGGAGCACUGAUAAUCUGCACUGGGGACAGGGUGACUUCCAGGUAAGGGGACUGCAAGAGACAAAGAAAUGCACCCUGGCAGGUAGGAGUGAUAAAAGAAAAUGACAGCAGAAGCAAUCCCCAAGGCGGUGCAAGCCAAAUAGUGUGCAUUUUCCUGAAGCUUAAAGUGCCUUUGUGUGAUGAAUGGGUCCAGGGGAGUCCACUCCCUUCCUGUCUGGGGAAGCAGCAGGCUGAGUCACCAUGGCAGCCUGCUAAUUAAAAUGACCUCCCGGAAAUGAGGAUUAGGAGAUAGGCAGAGGGAGGGAGGCUCCAGGGAGCUGGGGCCUUCAGCACACAAUUCCAGUUAAACAUUCUUUGCGUUUGCCAUGGAGGUUUUCAAAGUUUAUUGCAAAAAAUCAAGAGCAAAGCUUGUUUUCUCUUUUGCAUAUUGGUUUUCCGAAAUGGUAACAAAGAACCAUAUGUUAGUUUGCUAUGAAUGUUCCAUUGUAUAUAUAGCAACCUUCCUGGGUUUCUAUUUCCCAAAUAAAGUGGUUUGU